AUGAAAUCUGCUUUCAAACAAGCCACUCUUCUUACCUGGCUAUUGUUGGUAGAAUUGGUUGCAGUUAACGCCAAAUUCUUCGUCGGGACGAACCCGCCUGACCUCUUUCAAAAGAUCAAUUUCGGGAAGGACAUUAGACAUCGGAAGGAGACCGUGUUUAAUGUUCUCAGUUUUGGUGCUAAACCUGAUGGCAAGAAAGAUAAUACUCAGAGUUUUAUGAAGACAUGGGUUGCAGCAUGCCACUCCAAGGGAGCUGCAAGAGUAGUUAUUCCUGGGGGUACUUUUUUGAUCAAUCAAAUAGUGUUUGCAGGGCCAUGCGCCUCGACAAGUCCUAUCGUCGUUCAAAUCGAUGCGACCUUAAAAGGAGGCAUCGACCUGAGCAAUUACGUCUCUAAUGAAUGGAUAUUGUUUGAGAAGAUCAAUGGCUUGAUAAUCACUGGCAGAGGUACUUUGGAUGGACAAGGUGAUGCUGUCUGGAAAUACAACGACUGUGGUAUGAAUCCCACUUGCCAGAAGCUCCCUGUUAAUUUGAAAUUCAAUGGCAUCACAAAUGUAUUCAUGAAAGGCAUCAGUUCCAUCAACAGCAAGGGGUUUCACAUGUUCAUCACGAACAGUGAGAACGUUCGGCUGAAAAAACUACACAUAACGGCGCCAGACGACAGUCCCAACACUGAUGGCAUACAUCUGAGCCGCUCCAACAAAGUGAAAAUAUCGAGAUCAGUUAUUUCCACUGGUGACGAUUGCAUCUCCCUGGGUCGAGGAUCAAUGAAUGUCACCAUCAACAAAAUAACCUGCGGUCCUGGGCACGGUAUCAGUGUUGGAAGCCUUGGAAAAUAUGAUAAUGAGGAGGACGUGCUCGGUGUCGUCAUCAAGAACUGUACAUUAAUAAAAACAGAUAAUGGACUUCGGAUCAAAACAUGGCCAGACUCACCCCCGAGUGCAGCCUCGGGCAUCCUAUUCCAAGACAUCAAUAUGAUCGACGUCAAGAACCCCAUCCUCAUAGACCAAGAGUACAGCUGCUCAAAAACUAAUUGCCAAAGGCCGCCAUCACGAGUAAAAAUCAGCGAUGUUCAUUUCAUUAAUGUCAAAGGAUCCACAAUCUCUUCAGUAGCAGUUCAUCUCAAAUGCAGUAAGCGGUUUCCAUGCCAAAACAUAGAGUUGUUUAACAUCAAUUUGAAAUACAGUGGCCCUCCAAAGAAAUCCUUGCCAUUUGUUUCUACUUGUACCAAUGCAAAAGUAGGCUACAGAGGAGUUCAAUUUCCACCCCCUUGCAAAUGAUGCCCUUCAGGUUACA